UUUAAGAUAAACUAGGAAAAAUGGCUGAACAAUUGACGGCUGGGCUGGAGUUGCUCGAGAUUUCCAACAUGCCAAUAAAUGCGAUCAAUGAAAUUGUGGACAAAAUGGAUGGAUUGAAUCGAGAGGAAAAAGUACCUGUCGAUCGAAGAAAGAAGAAGGUCCCAGAGCGUCACAAAGACAAGCGAAUUCGGAAGACAAAAAUCGAGUACGCCAGAGGAAGAGACCGUGAGAAGAGAAAGCGAGCCUACGAGGAUAUCAGUAACCAUUCUAAAAGGGACGGACUUCCGAUCAAGAGAGCUAAGAAGAUCGUGCGGGUGUGGGCAUACGAAACGGUGGGCAAUUACCUGUGUGAUUUUUGUCCUGGCAAUCGCCCAUCCAACAUGUGCCCACUCUUGCACCUCUUCGCCACCAGACAUGCACCGAAGAAGAACUUGUGCCCAAGCUGCCUGGAUUUCAAUGGGUCAGAUCACAUCACAUGCUCUAAGGCCAAUCAGUGUUAUGAUUGUGAUUCGAUGAACGUUAUUUUAUCUCUCCAGACGGAAACUAAAUCCCCCGAGUGUACAAGAAAUGUUCUCUGAUAAGUAUACUUUGAUCCCGUUAUUGUCCCCAAGAUUCAAUUUGCUUCAUCAUCUCUCCAUAACCACAAGAAUCCAUUAACAUUCUUAUCUUACCACACAAACCUCCAUCAAUUAUUAACAUUUGUAUUCAUAUUUUUCCAUUACUUCAUUUACUUCCCUUUAUUCUACUCACUAUCAGGCAAACGAAAAUGAAAAAUUAUACUUAA